AUUUAACCGAUGUUGUACUUAGAUGUAAAACUUUUCAAUGUUUAUGAUCAAAAUUAGAUAACUCAAUUGAAUUGUUGACAUUUGCUUGUAAAUUAUUUAAAUUAAACUAUCGAUAGUGCUGGCUUAUUAUUAAUAUGUUAGGGAAUAAGUGAAGGCUUAACCUUAUAUACACUAUUAUAUAGCUUAACCUAUAAUUUAUUAUUUUAAUGUAUAAUUAUUAAAUAAAUAUAUCUAUAAGUUAGUUGAAGUAUUUAUAGUAGGAUGUCACGAUUUUUUCGAAUAUAUACAAAAUUGCUCGCAAAAUAUCCAUUGGGAAUGCAAGCUCUACAAGCAGGGGCUUUGUUAGGAUUAGGUGAUCAAAUAGCCCAAAAUUAUAUUGAAAAAAGAUCAGCAAAAAAUUUGGAUUUAAUUAGAACAGCCCAAUUUGCUGGUAUUGGCUUUUUUAUAGCAGGCCCUGCAACCAGAACGUGGUAUGGUAUAUUAGAUAAAUAUUUUGGUUCAAAGGGAGUAAUAGUAGUAUUAAAAAAAGUUGCCUGUGAUCAAUUAUUAUUUGCCCCCGUAUUCAUAGCAAUUCUGUUAAGUACAAUUGCAUUGAUGCAAGGACAUAAUUUAAAAAGUACUAAAUUAAAAUUAAAAAAUGAAUACACGGACAUUUUGAUAAAUAAUUAUAAGCUAUGGCCCAUAGUACAACUACUGAAUUUUUACUUCGUUCCAUUACAUUACCAAGUUUUGGUAGUUCAAGCGAUAGCAAUAUUAUGGAAUACUUACAUCUCUUAUAGAACUAACAGGGAUAAUUAUAAAAUAUAUUCCAUAAAUAGGAAUUGAAAAAUGAAUAAAU